AUGUCUUACCAACAACAGCACCAAUACCCUCCCAACGCCUACCAGCAACCCGGCUAUGGCCCUCCCCCCGGCGAGUACGGCUACCCUCAGCAGGGCUACCCGCCUCAGGGUUAUCCCCAGCAGGGCUACGGUGGACCUCCUCCCGGUGGCAUGGCUUACCAGCAGCCGCAGCAGGCGCCGCCGCCGCAGAAGAGCAGUAACCAGGGCUGCCUCGGUGCCUGCUUGGCCACUCUUUGCUGCUGCUUCGUCUGCGAGGAGGGCUGUGAGUGCUGCGCCGACUGCAUCGAGUGCUGCGAGAUGUGCUAA